CCCCGCCGAACGGCAAAUCGAAGUGGCCUCGCCGUAGCUCCCAUGCACAAAGGGGGGUGUUGUGUUCUUCGCAUUGUUUACAUGCGGGAUCGGAGGCACUGGCAUGCGUGCGCGUGUGAGAGCAGCGGCGGCUGUGGUGGGUGCUGUUGCGUCCCCUCCUGCUGUUGAAGCGGCGGUCUCUGGCGACUGAGGAAAAGAGACAUGCCCUAGACGACGCGCGGCGAAGACGACAAUGAGCGCCGUGCUGGAGCCGCCGGCAACGACUCGACUUCGGGCCCAGCACGUCGUCGAAAACGAGUGCUACAUCGUGGACCCUGAGACCCGCGUCACAUACCGCAAGGGAAAGCUGCUCGGAAAGGGUGGCUUUGCACGCGUGCACGAGCUUGUCGACGUUAGGACACAGCAGGUUUACGCAGGGAAGAUCAUUCCUCGAUGCCAAGUCAGUCGCCCUGGCCAAAAAGAGAAGAUUCUCCGAGAGAUCGACUUGCACAGACCCCUGGUCAACAAGCACGUGGUACGACUUCAUGACUUCUUUGGAGACACAGAGAACAUCUACAUCAUUCUGGAGUACUGUUCGAGAAAGUCGUUGGUGCACCUGCUCAAGCAGCGUGGCGGGCAGCUUCCCGAGACCGAGGUCGCCCUGCUGAUGCGUCAGCUGGCGGAGGGUGUCCGCUACACUCACAGCCAGGGUGUCGUACACCGUGACCUCAAGCUCGGUAACAUGCUCCUCGACGAGAACAUGGAGCUCAAGAUUGCCGACUUUGGCUUGGCCGCGCGGGUCGCUGACGAGCCACCGCGGCAGGCGGUCUGUGGGACUCCGAAUUACCUGGCACCGGAGGUCCUUCGCAUGGAAGGGCACGGUUUUGCAGCCGACGUCUGGGCCAUGGGCUGCAUCAUGUAUGCUCUCUUGGUUGGUCGGCCACCCUUCGAGACAUCAACACUGACUGAGACAUACCAAAGGAUCCUUCGUGGCGCUUACACACUGCCGCCUGGACUAUCAGAUGUGGCUCGUAGCCUGCUGGUGUCACUGCUCCAGCCAGAACCUCAGGAGCGACCAAGUCUGAACGAAGUGCUCGAACAUCCGUUCCUGCGGCCACCUCGCGAGCAGUCUGGGCAGCUGUUGGGGAUGCUUUCGCGGCUACGGAUCGACCAGCCUGCGGCGAACGCAAGCCGCUCCACUACACGGACGUCUGGCCACAGUGGCGUGCAGGGUUCGGCGCGCGACUCCCCCGUACCGCUCGGUGACUGUGGGCUCUUAGGAACGCUCGGCCGGGUUCUUUGCCCUGACAAACGGAGUUCCAAACUUGGCACCACUCAGCUCCUGUACAGGCUACUUCAAGCCUGCUUAGAUGAAAUGCCAGUCUCCAAUUGCGGCGUGCCACCACCAUGGGCGGGUUCAGCACUCCUCGUGACCAAAUGGAUCGACUACUCCAACAAGUUUGGCUUUGGCUUCCAACUGUCCGAUCGUACGGUCGGCGUUCUCUUCAACGAUGCCACGCACCUGAGCUUCUCGGCAGAUCGUCUGCGUCUUGAGUAUCGAGACAGCCACGGAUCAAUGGAGGCCCAUGCUCCAUCUAGCCUGCCUUCAAGUCUGCAAGAGAAGUACGGUCUGCUCAAGUAUUUCGCUCACUACAUGGAAGAAAACCUGACAGAGGGUGGAGAUGUGCCGAAAGGUUCCGGCCGCAAGAAGAAACCCCUUGUCUACCUCCAACGCUGGAUGCGCACGGAUCGUGCGGUUGUCAUGCAGCUCAGCUGCUCCAUGCUUCAGGUCAACUUCUUUGGAGACCACACCAAACUGGUGCUGAGCGCCGAGCGACCGGAGCGUCCCCUGGUCCUGUACGUCGACGAGCGGCGGCGCACGGUGGCCUACACACUGGCUGCCUUCGCCCGCUUUGGCUGCGAUGAGGCCCUCCAGGAGAGGCUACGCUUCGCUCUAGGCGCUCUGCAGGAGUUCGCCGAACUGGAACAGCGCGACCCACGCCGCAACGCCUGACGCGCAGUCAAAGUGAAGAUGCCGAAUAGUCGGCAGAAUUGAUAAACAAAUGUCCGGUGCACCUCGGCAGAGACCGAAGAGAGCCAAUGUAGGCACGAGCUGCCGUGUCUACAUGUACAAUCUUCCGCUUUUAUAGUGGUGCUCGGUGAAUUUGCCACCUGAUCAGUAGUGUGCCUUUCAGCAAUUAGUCAGAAAGCACUUCUGUUGGCUAGGUGUUUUCAAAACCAGCCCUCCCUUCUUUUUCUUCUCCACAUAUAGCUGUAUUGCGUGUCCAUUGCUUUCACGCAGGGAUCACGUUUCACCACGUCAGGGUUGUGGCGAAGUUUCGCUCAAAGCGAUGUGUUUGUCGAUUGUGUGUGCAUUCAGCCAGCACCUAAAUGCUUCAUCCACGGUGCCCCUCGUGCCAUGCCUGAAGCAACGGUUCCCGAAAGAACAGGCUGUUGGCAGGGUAUUGCAAGCUUGGCUUUUUAGAUUUGAUGUCCAAAAAGGCAUGUGCACCUCAAUUUGUGCGCUUGACAGCUUGAAUGACGCAACUUGCGAAGGACCUACGAAGGUGCCUUAUCAGAAAGCGCUUCUCUAGGGCUGUGAGCAUCAAAGCCAGUGCAUGAUGCCCAAAGGAUAAAGCACAAUCUUCUUGCGUGCAUACCAGUUCACUUGUUUUGUUAAGCUCUCAGGGCAAGUCUUUAGUCAAAGCAGCAAGGGGGCUGUCAAUUCAUCAGCUGCUUCAUGGUGUGGUUGUAAGAAGUGCCGCGAAACUGGCUAGUUUCUUCCCGACUAGCAUAACCAUAGCAACAGAGAUGAAACGCAAAGAGGAAAAUGAAGAUACCACAAACACUGGGCACCAGCAUUUGUAGUAGUGUCUGCGUCUUGUCUCUGUUGCGUGGGUAGUACAAGUCAAGGAUGGCAUCAUUUAUCUUGUCUCAGGUGAUGUGAAUGGAGUAGCAGCUCUAGAAGCAGCAGACUGAAGACACAGAUCUCCGCAACAGACAAAACGUCGAAACACCAAAAAACACUCCUUCCCCGUGAGACUGCCGGUGCGUGCUAGGCACAGUCUUUCUUUUUGUCCUCCUUUUUGUCAGUUGGAAGGCACAGCUUCCUGUGGAUUCGUGCAAGUGCUGCCAAGCUUCAAUUUCAAGUACCAGCUAGUUUUGGGUAUCAGAUUUCCACUGGCAGUAAGGGCAUGUUGUAAGGUUCUCACCUGUUUUGGCGUUCCUCUUGAAAUUGUACAAGCUUCUUCGGAGGAACGCAGUUUGAUUUUCGUUUCCGUCAGCGUACCUUUUCAUCUUGCAAAUACAUUCGCCCAUGCUCUCUUUCAGACAUUCAAAAUAAUUUCCAGACCUAUAAAGGAGUCUGUGGCUGACAUGAUAUAACAGCUCAACAGCUCUAUUCCAUUUCAUUUCCCAUUCACAAGUAAUUGGUCGUCCAAAUGGUACUCCACCAGUAAUACUGCCAUUAUUGACUGGUCGCGAGGUGGGAAUCAUACGGAAGUAAUAUCAAAUGAAAGCAAUCUUUGUAAAUUUUUCUGGCGUGCAUCUUUACGGCAAUCACUUUUCCAGCUAACAGAACCACUGCAAGAUGAUUGAAUCACAGAAGCAGGUACUGAUACGCGCUGUGCUAUCAUUAGGCAGCUGUUUUCGCCAGUUCUUUGCACCUUUCCAGGCCAAAGCAUCUAUGUGCCUGUCGCACUAACUGUGCAGCUGCAGCUUUCAGUCGUUCAUUACAGUGUGGGGCAAAGAUCUCGAAGUUGUUAAUAACAGCAUGCCUGUGUAUUGGUUGUUUAGUUUUUUUACCAUUCCAAGCUGCUUUUUAUACACUGCCAUUCAGUCGCAUGUGCUGAAGGAGCAUUCUUCGCUGAUACUAACGGCAGGCUAAAAAAAAGCAGCAUGUGAUAGUCGCAACUGCCGACUACGACGUGCUGUGGUGUCUGUCUCUUAACAGCUUGGAGAUCUUUAGAGGUAAAAUAAAAAGCUGCAGCUAAGCGAGAAAAACUCCAAAAUGUUGUGCCAUUGUAAUGAGAGUAUGUUAGCCAUCACAAAAAGAAAUGUGCUAAUAUUUGCCAACUGUCCGUUGUGCACUUUUUGUACGUCUGCGCUGUCGUUUACAAAGUGAACUUUAAUGUGCCAAUUCAGUGAUGUCAAUUUGCUUUGGUUUGUAGAAAUUGAUAUCUGCAAUGUGCAAUAUUCUUCUUUU